CGCGGGGUCAGUAUCUGAACGGAAACUAUGCGCGGCUUCGCUGGCCUUUUAAAUCUGCAGGUUCCACUGCAGGAUUCAGUUAUAAGAAGGAAAUCAUGUCUGGUCGGAUAAACGCUUGUUUGCUUACCGUCGCGUAUCUUUACGGACAUUGUCUCUCAGAGUCUUGGUCUGGAGUCCAGCAGGUGAAGGGGAUUGUGGGUGAAUCGCUCACUUUCCCCGUGGAGAUCCCGAACCUGCCUUUAGACACGGAGAUAAACUGGAGAUACGGUCCUGUGGGUCCGGACUGGCCCAUUGCGAGAAUUCAGAGCGGGGAGAUCGAUGCUGGUUUUGAAGAGCGAUUCACAGGAAGGCUGCAGCGCGACAAUUUAACAAACUCUCUCAGGAUUACAAACUUGGAGAGAGAGGACAGCGGCUUUUACCAAAUCGAAAUUACCGGAGAAGUGAGAUUGAAAGGAAGCAUGCGGCUCUCGGUCUACGAUCCAGUGUCGAAGCCCCACGUAACAAAGACCCAUGAAAGAGGUAGUUCAGGGUACAGAACCUGUCUCCUCCUUUGCUCUGUGGUAAAGAGCCACAAUGUGACUCUGUCCUGGCUGAGAGAAGGAGAGAUCCUGACCCAAACAGACUCGCUGAACGCAACAGAACUGGAGAUCUCGCAGGAAAUGCAAGGGGGCGAUGUUACCUACAGCUGUGUGGCCAGCAACCCUGCCAGCAACAAGACCACCACUGUGACACCUUCACAUUACUGUGAUGAGAAAGAGGGUGAAACCACCACAAUAAGACCCUCCACUGAGCUCAUUGUGAGGGUGCUGGUGUUCAUAGUGCUGAGUGGAGUCGUGAUCGCAGUCUGUGUGAGUGUCUGGAAGAAGAUCAAUGCUAGCAGUGAAUGCAGGGCUGCUGAAAACCGUCCCCCCCCCAGCCCUCGGACUGACGAGCGUCUUCUCAAUGUUACUGAAGAAAUCCAGACCUAGAUCUGUGAGCUGUGUGUCAGUGUGCUGCCGCGGCACUAUAUGCACUCCACGUUACAUCAAGGGGACAUACACAGCGUGUGAAACCAGGACAUCGAUAAACAGAGGACACCCCCUGAUCCGUCCUGCAGCUAUUCCAAUAGAGGGGGUACCCCCUGAUCCAUCCAGGGAAAGCGUGUUUGAAAACAACAGCGGAGGUGCUUCUAGGCUUGUGAUGCCAUGGCAACCACACUCCCUUAUUUCUAUUGAAAUCUACAAACGCGCUUGCUAUGCUGUCAUUGGCUACGUAGUUGAUGAUGUAAUGAUCUGCUAUUCCUGUCUAUUUAAACCUGUAUUUCUUCUAAAACUAUGACUGUUGGGUCAUUUUAUAUUAUGUGCAAUUUUUUUGUAAAGUGUUGAACUGCCAGAGAGAUAGAAGGAUCUAUCUAUAUAAAUCCAGGGUAGGCAAUGGAACUUGAAACAAGCAAUGUGAUUGGUCGAGCAAGGUUCCAAGGUCUGUCCUUCUCGUGGAUGGAUACAGACAGUUGGAGCCUCGUCACGCAUUUGAAAUCACUGCGCUGCCUCACAGAAUUGACAGAACCGCUAGCCAUCUUGUUUACAGUUACAGAGGUACAGUAGCGAUGAAAACUGAGCGACCAAACUACCAGCAAAACAGUCCCAAGAAUAGUAUGCAGAAACACGAUUCGAAUGAAGAACAAUUAAAAGGAGAGAGAGAGAGAGAGAGAGAGAGAGAGGAAAAAUAUAUAUAUAUAUAUAUAUAUA